GAUGUUUAAUUGUGAUUCGAUCUGUUCACUCCUCGAUCGAUUACUGUUGUCCGACCGGUAUAAAGACUAACAUAAUAGUAUCUCGUGUCCUACCCAUUUCCCUCAAUUGGAAGUAUCAUUCUUACUUCAUAAUAGCACUUUUCCUUCUCUCUUUUCCCACUUUUACAUUUUCGUUUCACUCCCCCACACAGCAUGGAUGGCCACCACCAGCACCAUCCCUACGGCAUGGCCGAUUUCCGGCAGCUCAUGACCGGCGCCCCGCCUCCUCCGGAGCUGUUCCCCAGCCACCACAGGGGCCCGCAGCCCAUGGAGAUAAUGAUGGCAGCAGCGGCAGGACACCAGAUGAAAGUUCACGGUCGUGGCAGCGCCGCUAAGCUCCAUGAGUUCCCGACCGACAAUUCUCCUGCUGCCGCAGCUUUCGAAGGCGGGGACUUCGGGAGCGCGAGGUGGCCAAGGCAGGAGACACUUACGCUACUCGAGAUCCGAUCCCGACUCGAUUCUAGGUUUAGGGAGGCUAAUCAGAAGGGACCCCUUUGGGAUGAAGUUUCCAGGAUAAUGUCUGAGGAGCAUGGGUACCAAAGAACCGGAAAGAAAUGCCGAGAGAAGUUCGAGAACUUGUACAAGUACUACAAGAAGACCAAGGAAGGAAAGGCCGGCAGGCAGGAUGGAAAGCACUACCGCUUCUUCCGGCAGCUCGAGGCGCUUUAUGGCGAUCAUACGAGUAGUAAUGCAUCGAUGACUGCCUGCUCAGUGCCAGAAGCUCAGGGUCUGGUCAAUUCGCUCGGUUCGUAUCAUCCCUCGAUCAUCAGUCCGCAGUUAGUCAAUGCUAGUGGCAAUAACCACGAGACAGCCUCUCAUCAGUCUCAGAAAGCAUCCGACAGCCUUAGCCUGCCUGGUUCCUCCGACUUUGACACUUCUUCGUCCAAUGAUGACAAUACUACUAGCGCUACAGAUCUGAUGGUUGAGAAUAUUUCGGAAGGUCGGAACACGAGGGCGAAGAAGAGAAGAGGCGGGAGGAGUUGGAAGGUGAAGAUAAAGGAUUUCAUCGACUCGAGGAUAAGGAAGCUGAUGGAGAAACAAGAGGCAUGGGUGGAGAAGAUGAUGAGAGCUCUAGAGGAGAAAGAGCAAGAGAGGUUGCUGAGAGAGGAGGAGUGGAGGACACAAGAGAUUGCUAGGAUUGACAAAGAGCACAAGUUUUGGGCCAAAGAGAGGGCUUGGAUUGAAGCUAGGGAUGCUGCUAUAAUGGAGGCACUCCAUAACUUAACAUCGAGAUCGUCGUCAUCGGAUAAUAACAUGAUGUCCAUUGACAAUCAUCACAUUCCGGUUUGCAUGGAGAACGGAAAGGGGACUGCAGCCCACACUGAUAGAUUAGGAGACCAAGGGAUGAUUGACGGUUUUCUAAAAAGAAGUAAGGAAUACUAUGACAAGAAGCAUAAGGAGAACAUUUCGAGGUGUGGUAGCAACAAUUACUUUCACGGCGAUAAUGACUCUCUGUACAACCAGGGAGGAGUCGCGUACUGUGAGAUCAGCGAGCAAGGGCCCGAGACAGCAAGAGUCCAUCAUCAGUUGAAUGAUGGCACAUCCCCCUCGAAUUUGAAUGCCGGGAACCCUGUGCAGGAUAGCUGUUUUCGAUUUCUGAUGGGUGAUGGAGGGAGCUUGUGGGAAAACUACGGCAUGAAGCUUACCAAGGGAGAGAACUAGUUGACAGGUCGGUCGAUAGGAAUUUAGCUGGCAAGCUUUUAAAUUAUGUGGAAUAUGAUUAGCUCUGUCUACCAUAUCAGCGGACUAGAUAAUAUUAUUAUCAGUAAUUGACUCGUCUGCUGAAGAUAAUCUGAUAUCGGUUGAUUAAGAUAUGCUGAUGUUAAGCAAACUAAUGUUAGUGACAACUGACCUAUAAUUAUUGUUCAUUAAUUAUCUAUGUCGGGCUUAAUUUGGAAGGGGUUUGAAUGAGAUUAUUCAAGAAGCAAAAGAGACCAUACCCUUAAUUA